CUUUGUACUUUGGUAUAUACAAGAUCAGCUGCAGUCGUCUUGCUGUGUGCCGGCUGAAUCUUAUCAUGCCUUUCUUGGAUUUUGAUACCAACCUUCCCCAGCAAAGUAUACCAGAUGAUUUUACUGAAAAGCUGUGUUCAACUGCUGCAUCAAUUCUGGGCAAACCUAAGGAUAGAGUGAAUGCUACUGUGAGGAGUGGGCUGUCAAUGAUGAUAAGUGGCUCCUCCGCCCCUUGUGCUCAGCUGAUAAUCUCUUCCAUCGGAGUUGUGGGCACUGCAGAACAGAACAAGGAGCAUAGUGCUAAAUUCUUCGAGUUUCUAACAAAAGAACUAAACUUGGGACAAGACAGGAUUAUACUACGCUUUCACCCUCUGGAGCCUUGGCAGAUAGGAAAAAAUGGAACAGUUAUGACCUUCUUGUGAUGCCUUCAGUAGAUUACUAUGGAACCAUCUCUUAGAACACAUUCCUGCCUCUCUUAUCAGUCCAAGAUAACAUGAAGUCAACUAAGAAAAUGUGCAAAAACAGAAGUUUUUAAACUUGCAUUGUAAGGGUACGAUGUCUUUACACUGUAGAUUUUUACUUUCAGUUGUGUACCUGUCAGAAAUCUGAUGCAUGCCCACUUUCCAUACUGCAGACUUUGUAGUAGUUUUAGGCCUGAAUUUACCAAAUUUUUCCUUUACACAAUUUUCAAAUCUACAGUGGAAAAGUCGGUGCCAUGUAAACUACAGCUGGAUUCCCUGUGAUAAAAUGUAGUUUAUACAUAAAAAAUGACAUAUCCUUGUUUAGAAUAAACAUAGAAUUAACUGCUGUGGCGUACCCUAAUAAGGGAUGCUGAAAGGAUUUGGUGGCUGUGUAAUGGUCCAAUACAAAAUAAAGUACCGUAUAUUCAUAAA